AUGUCCAUUGCAGAAUUAUUAGAGUGCCCCAUUGACUUUGAAGGACAACGUUUGGCAGACAGUAUAACCCAUGCUGCACUCAUCGUGUCUGCUGUACUUGCUCUUAUUGCAGGCUACUCGCUUCAGUCUCUUCAGCUGUCAAUCUGUAUUUUCUUGAUUGGCCUUGGCACAACUUUGAUUGCAAGUUGUACUUCCCCCUUGGCCUAUGUACAACCGAAACCCUCAGAGUUGGCUUACUUCAUUAAAAGGAAAAGGCAGCGUUACAAAGUGAAUUAA